AUGCUCACGCGGGUGAAGUCCGCCGUGGCCAAUUUCAUGGGCGGCAUCAUGGCUGGCAGUGCGGGCGCCGACCACGGCAGCGGCGCGGACUUGCCCCUCCGCUUCCCCUACGGGAGACCCGAGUUCCUGGGACUGUCCCCGGACGAGGUGGAGUGCUCCGCCGACCACAUCGCCCGCCCCAUCCUCAUCCUCAGCAAGGAGACCCGACGCUUGCCCUGGACCACGGGCUACGCGGAGGUGAUAAAUGCAGGGAAGAGCACGCACAAUGAAGAUCAAGCCAGCUGUGAAGUCCUCUUUGUCAAGAAAAAAGCUGGAGGUGCUAAUUCUACACCAAAUAAGAACUCUUCAACAAAACGGAGAUCGUCAUUGCCCAAUGGAGAAGGUCUCCAGCUGAAAGAUAAUUCGGACACAGACGGGAUCAACCUGUACUAUUGGUCCCUGUUUGAUGGACAUGCUGGGUCAGGGGCAGCUGUGGUUGCUUCCAAACUGCUGCAGCACCAUAUCCUGGAACAGCUGCAGGAGAUUGUGGACAUCCUGAGGAACACAGCUGUCCUCCCACCCACCUGCCUGGGAGAGGAACCUGACAACCCAGCUGCCAACACCAGGACGCUGACACGGGCAGCUUCCCUGCGUGGUGGUGUGGGGGCCCCAGGCUCACCCAGCACACCUCCAACACGCUUCUUCACCGAGAAGAAGAUCCCACAUGAGUGCCUGGUUAUUGGGGCCAUAGAAAGUGCUUUCAAGGAAAUGGAUUUGCAAAUAGAACGAGAGAGGACGGUGUAUAAUAUUUCUGGUGGCUGCACAGCCCUCGUGGUCAUUUAUUUAUUGGGGAAGCUUUAUGUGGCAAAUGCUGGUGAUAGCAGGGCUAUAAUAAUCCGAAACGGUGAAGUCAUUCCAAUGUCUUCAGAAUUCACUCCAGAGACUGAACGCCAGCGACUUCAGUAUCUGGCUUACAUGCAGCCCCACUUGCUGGGAAAUGAGUUCACACAUUUAGAGUUUCCACGGAGGGUGCAGCGCAAAGAAGUUGGAAAGAGGAUGCUCUACCGUGAUUUCAACAUGACUGGCUGGGCAUACAAAACCAUUGAGGAAGAUGACUUGAAGUUUCCCCUUAUCUAUGGAGAAGGCAAGAAGGCUCGGGUUAUGGCAACAAUCGGAGUGACACGAGGACUGGGAGACCAUGACCUGAAAGUGCAUGACUCGAAUAUAUACAUCAAACCUUUCCUGUCCUCAUCUCCCGAGGUGAGAGUCUAUGACCUCCUGCAAUAUGAGCAUGGGCCAGAUGAUGUUCUGAUCCUAGCAACUGAUGGACUCUGGGAUGUAUUGUUAAAUGAAGAGGUUGCAGAAGCUGUCACUAACUUUCUACCAAACUGUGACCCUGAUGACCCCCACAGGUACACGCUGGCGGCGCAGGACCUCGUGAUGCGAGCCAGGGGGGUGCUGAAGGACCGAGGCUGGCGAAUAUCCAAUGACAGGCUGGGCUCUGGAGACGACAUCUCUGUCUAUGUCAUCCCUUUAAUACAUGGGAACAAACAGUCUUGA